AUGCAAGAUGCUUUGUUUAAUCCAGACAACGAUGUUGACCAAUUCUUGUGUACAGAAAACAAAGGUGAAAAUGUCAAUUGGACAGCAUUAGGAAAGAAAUACAACAUCAAAAACACGGCAGGAAUUUUUCCAUCUAAUGCUGGCCAAAUUCUUAAGCAGUUUGCUUUUGAAAAUGGUAUACAAACAGAAAAAUUCAAUCAACAAAAAAUUGUAAGUGGUAGGGACAUUAUACAAAGGGUUAGGAGAAAGUACCUAAGAGUACGUGGACUAGCUGUGCCACAUCAAAGACCAGCAAAUAAGAUCAGAAAAGCUCUACAGAAAAAAAUUGAUGAUGGUGUGUAUGAUAUCGGUGUUUGCAUUGCCCCUAAAGUUUUUGAUUUCAACAAAAUAAGCAACACCGGUGAGCUUGUUGUAGACCAGAAAGAGGUAUAUGGGCGGAAGUUUCCUCUCUUAAAGAUCAGGGAGCAAUCACUCCAGGAACAGGAAACUCUGGGAGUCUUGCGGAGUUCAUCAGAUGAGGAAUACAGCUCUCUUCCACCUGCUGAUGUAAUAAAGAAACUAAAUGAAUAUGGGAAAGAUGAAACUGGUUCUCACAUUGAAAACUUAGCCCUUCUUAAGUCUACAGAGAGAACAAGACACUGGAAGUGCUGGCAUGACCAUUCCGACAUACUUAAUCAUACGUAUGUGAAUUUCAUGGUUUCUUGCAUCUAUGAUCCUGCUGUAUUUCUUUCCAACGAGGAGUACAGAAAAAAGUUUCCCUACAAAAAACAAGAUGUUCAAUCUCUAGUUGAAAAGCCUCACCUUUAUAUACUAGGCCAAUCAGGGAGCUCAGAUAAGGACCAGCUCACAUAUGUAAAAACCAGAACAGAUGACCUUAAAGGAAUGGGCGCUCCUGUAAUCUGCAAAACGACAAAUGCUCCUUAUCAAGAUGUGUUCCCUGUAUUCAGUGGAGAUAAUCCAGCACGCCAGUUUGAAUCAGGACACCAAAGGGGAGGACAUUACAGUUGUUUAUGUGGGGUUCAUGUGGACAGUCAUCAAAAUUUAGAGUGCUGCUUUAGACAACCAGCAAAAUCACUGCAAGCAAGACUUGACCUGUUUAAAAAUGGCAUUCAGUGGAAAAACUUUAACAUCACAACUAAUCCGAACCCAUUUGCACACCUCAAAGUCCAACAAAUUAUUGAUGAGCUAGAUGAACGCAGGCUGGAUAUUCUGGACACGAGAAAAGAGAGCGUUUCUAAACAAUUAGCGGAACACUUGGAGGGAAUACAAAGGCCACCUGCCCUCUUCUGUACAAGUAUGGAAAGUCAAAAUCCUGGAAAAGAUCUAAAUCUACAAAAGUAUGAAGUGUUAAUGUGCGAGCCACUUCAUGAUAUCUCAAACAUGGUCACCAACUUAAUUGCAGAGCUUCCUUACCAUCUAUCAAACAAAUCAAUGCAGAAAGAAUAUGAGAUAUUUAGCAAUACCACAAUUGGAGAUAGAAAUCAAAUCAGGGGGUCAGACGCCAGAUUGUAUGCCAUAAAGUUAACAAAGUUCACACAGACAAAGCAUAGUGAGGGAAAAGUUAGUGAGCAAGUUGUCGACUUAUGCAAUUCUUUGACAGAUAUCAUUUCAAUUGCAUACAGCAAAGAAGGAGCCAGAAAUCCACAACAAAUUCUGCGACUUUACAACCAAACAUUCAUUUUUGGCCAUCUUUGUAAAGCCGUCAUAGGAAAUCCAAUCAAAAUGUCUAGCAGAAAGUUCUAUGGAUCACAUUUUCAUAGUCUUGUAACACAUGCUCCUGAAAUAUAUCGUCUCUUUUGCUUACGCUCCAUUCUUGCAGAAAAUGAAGAAAGAAGCUUUGGAACCUUGCGCAGUAUUUCCCUAAAUACCAGCGACAGAAAGCCAGAACAUGUUAUAAAAAAUGCAAUAAUCAGAUAUAAUGCCCAGCAAAACACUCCAGUCAAACCAGACUCAUUUCAGCAUCAAGAUUCUAUCAUUAGUAAGCAGUCCAAAUUCCUUCCAACCAGAGGUCCAACAAUUUUCAAGAAAAGUUUUAUCAGUGCCAGGAUGUCACUAUUUCAAAGCCAUCUUGAAAGGAUUGCAGAUUACUUGGAACUUGGAGAAAAUGUUUGGUGGAGCCAAGAUGACACUAGUAUUAUCUUCCAUGACUGUCCAACGAGUGAAGUGCACUCUCUGCCUCAGAUCUUACACUUCCGAAAAUCUAUGGCAUCAGAUGUCCAACAUUACCUUGAGGAAAAAUGGGAGAUAUGUGUACAACAAUUUACAGAGGGUGAACUUCAGCUACCAAUCAAGAGGAUAAAAAGAUUACAGAAUGGAAAACUGGAGAAAAUCUACAAUACUGGAGGCAAUGAAAGGAAAGAGUCACAGGAAAGUGCUGCUCAUUCCAAUACAAAUGAACAUGAAAGAUUGACCAAUGCCGAGUUGCACAAUGAUGAAAAUGCUAAGAUGUCAGACCAGCAUCCAGAAAUAGCUGUUACUGCUGAAGUGCAUUUUGAAAAGAACACUUCAACAAAUAUGGACUCACAUACUGAAGAAUAUUUUCAGAUAUCAGACCUACACCCAGAGAUACCUGUGCUUGAUGAGGCAGAUCUGGGAAAUGUGCUUGCUACUGUUAGGCUGCAAAAUAGGCCACAGCACAUCGAAGAUGCAAAUGUUCCCUUGUCAUCUGGGGAUGAACACCAUCUACACCUAAAGAAGUUUAUUAAAACUGAUGUGCAUUAUGGAAAUGCCCAUUCACUGGAGGCUGCACAUCCAGAUGAACAUGCCAGAAUUCCUUAUCCAAAUCCAACAGAGGAUGCUGAUGCUGAUUUUCACACGUGUGAAAAUGUCAAGAUGUCAGAUCAACACCCAAAAAUAGCUGUUACUGCUGAUGUGCAUUUUGGAAAUGAAAUAAUUUCUUGUCCACAUCCAUUAGAGAAUGCUGACAAACACAAUGCUAGGGUGCCUGACCCACAGCAAGAGAUAGCUUUUAGUGGAAUACAACCGGUGUUUCAACAAAAGAAGAGAAAGGAGUUGAAAACAACCAUUACUCACAAAAUUGAAUCAG